AUGCGCAUCCUCUCGUCAAUUGUGCCCUUUUUUCUGCUCAUUGGCGGGGGCCUCGCAAAGAAGGCACAGACCGACUCGUACGAGGAAUUCAAUCGGCUGGCUCAGCGCUCAUCCCCGAUCAAGCUGAAUGAUGCCACCUAUGCCUCUCUGACGACGGCCCCGAGGAACCACAGCGUCGCUGUGCUUCUUACUGCUCUGGAGACCAGAUUCGGCUGCCAGCUUUGUCAGGAGUUUCAGCCCGAGUGGGAUCUUCUGGGAAAGAGCUGGACUCGGGGCGACAAGACUGGCGAAUCUCGAUUGAUCUUUGGCACUUUGGAUUUUGCUGAUGGUCGGGAAACCUUCAUUUCGCUUGGUCUUCAAACCGCCCCGGUGCUCAUGCUCUUCAAUCCCACCGUAGGACCUCAUGCCGCGGCCUCGCCAGAACCCUCUCGAUACGACUUUACAGCAGGGCCUCCAGCUGCUGAACAGGUCCAUUCCUGGCUCUCCAGACAACUACCCGACAGGCCGCAUCCCGCUGUAAAGCGACCGAUUAACUGGCUCCGAUGGGCUUCGACCGUGACUCUGGUUCUUGGCGUCGGCACCGCGCUGGUGAGCGCAUCUUCCUACGUGCUGCCCGUCGUCCAGAAUCGCAACAUUUGGGCUUCCGUCAGCUUGAUCGCCAUCCUUCUCUUCACUAGCGGACACAUGUUCAACCAUAUCCGAAAAGUGCCGUACAUUGUCGGAGACGGCAAGGGUGGAGUUAGCUACAUUGCAGGCGGAUUCCAGAGCCAACUUGGUUUGGAGACUCAGAUCGUUGCCGCCAUCUAUGGGAUACUCUCCUUUUGCGCCAUUACUCUGGCUGUCAAAGUUCCGCGUAUGGCCGACUCCAAGACUCAGCAAGUUGCAGUUGUUGUCUGGAGCAUCACAUUGUUCCUCGUCUACAGCUUCCUCUUGAGCGUUUUCCGGGUUAAGAAUGGCGGCUACCCAUUCUCACUGCCACCUUUCAUGUAA